CCUCCUCCUCCUCCUCCUUCCCCAGGGCCUGCCUGGCAUGGAGGUGCUGGCCGCGGGGAGCCGGGCGCUUCCCGCGGGCUGCAUCCCCGCUGCCCCGCGUCCCCGUGCCCGCAUCCCCGGUGCCCCGCAUCCCCCCGCCCCGGCACAGCCCUGAGCGCCCGGCAGCCGCUCCUUUGUGCGGCUGUGGAGCCGUGCGGGCUCCGCGCCCCCAGCCCCGCUCGGGGGCGGCCCGCGGGCCAGCGGGAGGGAUGCUGCCCUCGCCGGAGGAGCCCAGCGCGGCAGGUCGGCGGCCAGAAGCAGCGCCCGGCUCCGCUCGAUGCUGACACGCCCCCAGGACUGCCGGAUCCCCCCCUCUGCACGCGGGGCCGUCCCCACGCCAUGUCCCAGCGGUGCCACCGCCCCUGUGCCGGGGGGUCCCCGGCCGCCCCCGCGGGUCCCCGCGGCCCCGGCGCCGCGCCAUGAGCGGGGCCCCGGCGGGGAGCAGAGCUGAGGGAUGGCCUCGCUGGACCUGCCCUACCGCUGCCCGCGCUGCGGCGAGCACAAGCGCUUCCGCAGCCUGUCCUCGCUGCGCGCUCACCUGGAGUACAACCACACCUAUGAGACCCUCUACGUGCUCUCCAAGACCAACAGCAUCUGCGACGCCGCCGUCUUCCCGCUGGCCGCCGACGGGGCCCUGCUGGCCCCGGCCGCGCGCAGGGACUACUUCGAGAGCACCUCCUUCCAGGGCAAGGACCAGCGCUUCUCCUGCGACCUGGUCCCCGCCGACGAGCUGGAGCCGGCGCCGGCCGCGUCGCCCUCGCCGCGCUAUGUGCACGAGAUCGAGAUCCCGCUGAGCGAGAUCUUCACGCGGGGCAAGGCCGUGGCGCCCGCGCCCGUCCCGCCCGCCGCCAUGGACUCGGCCUACGAGGAGGGCCUGGCCCGCCUGAAGAUCCGCGCCUUCGAGAAGCUGGAGGUGGACAAGAGGCUGGAGAAGCUGACGGAGGAGGUGGAGCAGAAGAUCGCCUCGCAGGUGGGCCGGCUGCAGGUGGAGCUGGACCGCAAGAGCUCGGAGCUGGAGAAGGCCAAGCAGGAGAGCCUGCGGCUGAGCCGCGAGAAGCAGGAGCUGGAGGACCGCGCCUCGGAGCUGUCCCGCCAGGUGGACGUCAGCGUGGAGAUGCUGGCGUCCCUCAAGCAGGACCUGGUGCAGAAGGAGCAGGAGCUCACCCGCAAGCAGCAGGAGGUGCUGCAGAUAGACCAGUUCCUGAAGGAGACGGCGGCGCGGGAGGCCAACGCCAAGGUGCGGCUGCAGCACUUCAUCGAGGAGCUGCUGGACCGCGCCGACCGCGCCGAGAAGCAGCUGCAGAUCAUCAGCAGCAGCUGCGGCACCACCCCGAACGGCAGCCUGGGCCGCUGCGGCACCCCGGGCAGCAAGGGCAUCGCCCGGGCGGCACCUCUGCGGGCACAGGCGCGGCUCCGCAUCCCUCGGGGUGAGGGGUCCCCCGAGGGCAGCCGGCAGCGCUGGGUUUGGGGGGUGCCCUGGCCCCCCAUCCCUGCCCUGCCCCAUCCCUGCCCUGCCCAGCCCGGCGGGCACAGACCCGCGCCAGGCUGGGGACAGAACCAGCCAGGCGUGCUGGGCACGGGCUGGGGGCGCCGAGCGGGGCCGGGCGGGCAGCCCGGGUGUCACCGCGGUCCCCGUGCCAGGGAGGUGCUGCAGAUAGACCAGUUCCUGAAGGAGACGGCGGCGCGGGAGGCCAACGCCAAGGUGCGGCUGCAGCACUUCAUCGAGGAGCUGCUGGACCGCGCCGACCGCGCCGAGAAGCAGCUGCAGAUCAUCAGCAGCAGCUGCGGCACCACCCCGAACGGCAGCCUGGGCCGCUGCGGCACCCCGGGCAGCAAGGGCAUCGCCCGGGCGGCACCUCUGCGGGCACAGAGGGAGCGGCAGCCGGGCCCGGCGGCGGGGCACGGUCCCUACGGCGCGUCCCAGCAGCGCUCCUGCUCCAGCACCGGGGCCUCGAGCCGGGCCAAGGCCGUGUCGCAGAGCUCGGGCUGCUACGACAGCGACAGCGCGGAGCCGUGUCCCGCGGAGCAGGCGGGCGAGGGGCCCCCGUACGCGGCGCGGGGCUCGGGGCUGCGCCGCCAGGCCAUCCACAACUGGCACCGCCGGCCCUACCGCAACAGCACCGAGGGCGAGGAGGGCGACGUGUCCGACGUGGGCUCCCGCACCACCGAGUCGGAGGCCGAGGGCUGGGAGCCCGAGGCGCCGGGGUGCGCCGCGCCCCGGGCGCCCGGCAGCUGCCGCCUGACCGGCCUGGAGGCAGGGCUGGAGUCGCUGCUGAAGGCGACGGGCAGCAACCUGCUGAUCCUGCGCAUCUCGCACUGCCCCAACGUGCUGACGGACCGCUCGCUCUGGCUGGCCAGCUGCUACUGCCGCGCCCUGCAGGCCGUCACCUACCGGAGCUCCACGGACCCCGUGGGCCACGAGGUGAUCUGGGCCCUUGGAGCAGGCUGCAGGGACAUCAUCUCGCUGCAGGUCGCCCCUCUGCAUCCCUGCCAGCAGCCGACGCGCUUCAGCAACCGCUGCCUGCAGAUGAUCGGGCGCUGCUGGCCCCACCUGCGCGCGCUCGGCGUCGGCGGCGCCGGCUGCGGCCUGCAGGGCCUGGCCUCCCUCGCCCGGAACUGCAUGAGGCUGCAGGUGCUGGAGCUGGACCACGUGGCCGAGAUCAACCAGGAGGUGGCUGCUGAGGUGUGCCGCGAGGGGCUCAAGGGGCUCGAGAUGCUGGUGCUCACCUCCACGCCCGUCACCCCCAAAGCCCUGCUGCACUUCAACAGUGUGUGCAGGAACCUGAAGUCCAUCGUGGUGCAGGUGGGGAUCGUGGACUACUUCAAGGAGCCCCACAGCCCCGAAGCCAGGAGGAUGUUUGAGGAAAUGGUGAACAAACUGCAGGCCCUGCGGAAGAGACCCGGCUUCUCCAAGAUUUUACACAUCAAGGUGGAGGGAGGCUGUUAGCCCUCGGGGCCCAAAGCACAUUCCCUGCUCUGCCCGGCGGAGCCCCCUGAGACCAAAGCCCUGGUGGGGACCCCGGCUCGGGCACGAGGAGCCCCCAACCCUCCGGGGCCACAAGGUGCUACUCAAGGACAAUUUCUGGCUGCCCCGAGGCAGGGCCUGCUCUUUGCCAGGAGGGAAGAUGGCUCGCAGCCCCAGGAUCCGUGUUUGGGGACGGCUGCUCUGCACAACUCUGCUGUGGGGUCUCGGGCCAGGGAUGCCCAGCCCGUCCUGGGGGCUCUUGGCUGGCCUGGCCUCUGCACCCCCAGCCUCUCCGUGGCCUGGGAAGGGGCUGCUGCUCCCCCAGCGUUCCCACAGGGUUUCUGCUCCUUUCAUUUGGGAUUGGGGGCAGCCAAAGGCGGGAAAGGCUCCCAGGAGCCAGCACAGCACAAGGAGCAGAGCUGCACCAGGAGAGACGGGUGCUCUGCCAGAGGGCUCCAGCCCCGCUUCCUCCCAGCAAACCCCUCCUGCAAGGCAAUAAACCACCUCCAGAUCCUCGUCCAGGGGAAACACGGGUCACGCUCCCGUCCCACCCUCCAGGCUCCAUCCGGGCUCAGCAUCCCCCGUGGAGAGAGGGACUGGCAGGGGACAGCCACGUCUGCCUCCCGAGCAGCCUGAGACACCCUGGCCAGAUUAUCCUGGAAAGAUCCUGGGAAAAGCACCAACCGACUGCCCUGGCUGAGCCUCGCCUACAGCCACCGUCUGCUAAAUCUGAUUUUUCUUCUGAGUGUCCUCAGCCUGCAGGGACAUCAUCAUCGUCAUCAUCCCCAAAACAUCCUUCUUCCACGGGCAAAGCUUUGGAAAGGCAUCCAGCAGGGUCAGGCAUCUCCAUCCUCCACGCUGGGAGAAGGAAGCAGGAGGUGGCCCCGGGCUGGGGACAGCCAUGAGAGCACUGCCAGCAGUGGGGACAGCCUGGCCUUCCCCACAGCCCCAGCCCCUGGCCUUGGACCCCGGGCUGAGCGGAGAGGAGGCCACUGGAGAGAGGAUCUGGGGCUUUUCCCUCUCCCUGGACCUGCAGGUUUUGGUGCCUGCUGGCCAGCGCGGCUGUGAGGGGACAGCUCCCACCCCUGGCUGUCCCCUCCUGGAGCAAGGGGCUCACGUGGGGCGUCCCCCAGGAGGGACCAGGCUGCAGAUCCAGCACCACGGCCCUCACCCGUGGCACGAGAGCUGCUGAACACAGCCCGUGGGGGUCCCCAGAGCAAGGGAAAGCACCCCCAAAUCGCGGGGCUGGUGGGGCUCUGGAGGCAGCCCGAGACCUUCAGCCACCCUCCAUCCCUGCUGCCUGUCUGCUCCGGAGCAGGGCCGGGGUUUUGGGGCCACAGCCCCGUGGGAAGCACCCCUGCUGCCCUCCCUUGCAGCUUUCCAGGAGAAGGCUGUUCCUGAAUGCACAAGAUGGGGGAGCCCACAAACGCCUGCCAGAACCUCCUGCACGCCCCAGUCCCACGGAUGAGCUCCCAGCUCCCUGCCCUGCCCACCUGGGUUUACCUCCACCCCAGGGAGCCUGGGACGCUCCUGAUCCAGGGGCAAGAGCAGCAAGGGAUGCUCCAACCAGCAAAAAACCACCCAGCAGAGCUACAUCCCCCAGGGAACACCCAGCCGUGUGCAGGAGAUGGCACCACCACGGCGCAGGGACUCAGAAUUCCCUCAAAAACUCAAACAAAACAAAGUACCUAUUUAUUUCUAUAAAGAGAAGAAGGAAAAAAAAAAGAUUUUAAAGGAAAGUUAUAUACUCAGCAUGUUUGUACACUCUGUGCUUAAAGACUGUCGUGGCCCAAGGCUGGAGGCGGCUGCUCCGGGCGUGCCCCGAGCCUCUCCCGGCUCCUCAGGGUGAGGUGAUGGAAAGAGGGGAGGCGUGAGGACUCCAGAGAAGCCUUCUGUGCCAGCGGGGUCGGUGGCUGUGUGUGUGGUGGCGUUGGUGGCCCUGUGACCCCCAUCCCUGCGCUGCCCCGGGCUUUGGGAGCCUCGCCUGCACUCGGUGCUUGCCCAGGACCAGAUCGAACCUCAGCUCUGCCCGGGCCUUCCCGGAAAACCCAGCUCAGCAAAGCCUCCUUUCACAAAAAUCCUCUGACGACACAAGACCUUCAGCGGGUUCGAGGACUGGAAGACGGAGAGUGGGGGUUUCUGCCUGUUUUGCUUGGGCUUGAACGGAUCCCUUCCUCAUCCUCCUCCUCGGCUGGGGAUGAAGGCGGCGGGCACAGUGACAGGAGUGGCGGAAGGGGGGCCCUCCUGGUGGCUCCUGAUUGCCCAGCUCGUUAACGAGCUCAUUAGCGGCUCCGAAAUGCCAGACGAUGGUGCCCCUGCUGCUCCCUGUGCGCCCCCAGAGCCUCGGCCCUUCCUCUGAUGGGAACACCCAGAAAUGUUUCCUGGGAAAGCCUUGGGACCGCACAGCGCGUGCAGAAGUGCCAGGGGGGCUCUGCGGUGACAAUCCCAGUAAAAUCCGGGGAUCCGGGGCAGGGUUGGGCUCACAGGGGCUGGAUGGACCGUGGUUCCCAGCCUGGCUCCUGCAGGACCAGCUCUGGGGAGAUUUAUUCCUUUUCCAAUGCGUUUUCCCAAAGUUUCCCCGUGGCUGACAUUGCCAGCAUUGCCCUGCACCUGCGUUUGGGCGCUGGUCAGGGAUUUCCAGAGGAACAACCUCACCAAAGGCAGCUCGGGGGCCAAAGCCAUCCCUAAUCCCUGCUUUUGUGUCUCCCUCGUGUUGGAUCUCACUCGUUCCCCAUCACCCCCAGCCCCAGGGAUGCCCUGGGGAUCAGGGGCCUCCUCCUGCCUUACCCCCUGCCUUGGGGCUCCAGGGUGUCAGGGACUGAGGGAAAGGGGGCCCCAGGCUGGCUCUGCCCCAGCAGGAUUUUAAACCUCUCUGUCCCUCUUCUUGCCGGGUGUCCUGGUCCCUGCUGCCACCAAGGGCACGGCCACGGCAGGGGCUUGUCUGGAUGCCCCAAAAGAGCCUGGAUUUAGGGAAAACAGAGCAAAAACAAACCAGGAGAAGCGCUGGUAAUGGCUCCUGAAGUGGUUAACAGAUGUGUUCCUUCAGCUUUUAGGGGAGGCCCCAGCCCAGGAGCUGGAGCAUUGCUUCAGCCUCAUUUUGGGGUGAGAAACAGCAGGGUGGGCCGGAGCAAAAGCAUUUGGGAAUUGGUGCCAAAUGAGAAAGUGCUGUAAAAGAGAAAAAAUCCCAGGGAGCAGGGAGGUGUUGGGAAGCAGAGAUGGUUUGUUGUGACCGAAGCAUUGCAGGGUGUUGAGGCAGUGAUGGACCUUCCCCAUCAGAGGGAGGCAAAAUAAUCCCUGGGGAGUGUGGGAGAGCACGGAGGGAAAGCUGCUGCAGCAGCGAGGAGGGGAAACUGCCCAAAGCAAGAAAAAAAGGGAUUUUCUAGUGCAGCCUCGGGACUGAGCCCAUGGAGGGCAGCGAGGCAGGUUGGGGCCGGGGACAAGUGGGUGCAAUGGUGUGGGGCAGGUUUGGGAAGCCAGGGGGAGAUGCACAGUUGCUUUGAGAUAAUCAGAGGAGAUAAUCAGUGCAGAGAAUAGAGAUAUAUAAAUCAGGACCUGGAGUCACUCCCUACGGCCCUGGACGGCAGCGGUGUACAGCGACCUCCCCUCCCCAGAGCUCCCCGUGGCCUCCCAAGUUAUUUUUUUAACUCUCUAUAAAUUUAGGUCUAUUUUAGUCUUUCCGCAGCGAUGUGCCAGUGUCUGGAGAACCAAACAUCCCUUCCUGCCCCUGUCCCUGGAUGCUGAAGGUGUGCCGAGGUUCCUGGAGGGGAGAGCAGGGAUGGGCAGGCCGGGGGAGCAGCGCAGCCUGGCCUGCAGCCCGUGGCUUUAGCACUUUGGUUGGAACUCUCACCUGUAGACGCACUUUGAUGUUGUUGCUUUGAAACUUUGGCAAGUGUAAACAAUGUGUACUCAAAGAAUUACAGAGAAACGACCCCCAGCCAAGCGUGUAAAGAGCUAUUUUAUGACUCGGUGUUGAAUAAAGACUCUGGAGAUCCAGCUGGGCUGUCACUCUCCCGGGCUCACACCGGACCCACUCCAGUGACACCAGUCCCUGCUUGGGGGCUGCUGGAAGCGUCCUCCUGCUCCCUCUGCAGGUCCAGGGCUCCACUGGUCUGGCAUCAGGGGCACGGGGACCAAGCGGGACACAGGGACACAGCACGGGGGGGCACCGAGAGGGACAGGCCCUGGCACAGGGUGCCCAGAGCAGCUGGGGGUGCCCCUGGGUUCCUCAAGUGUCCAAGUGUCCCUGUCUUGGAGCAGGCUGGGACAGUGGAAGGCAUCCCUGGAUGAUCUUCAUGGUCCCUUCCAACUCAAACCAUUCCAUGAUUCUGUAUUUUUCUCUGCCCUCCUCCUCACCUGUAACCCACCAGACCCAAGUCUCCCCAUGUUCUCCCAGCACAUUUUCCUCCCUGAGUCUCCCCAAACGCCUGCAUCCAUCCUUGGAGCCCCUUGGAGCUGUCACCCAGCUGCUGCCCUGAACCUCCUUCAGUGAAGCAAAUGGAAAAUGGAAAUGCCCCAUUGAGCAGAAGCCAAUUAAAGUGUCAGUGAGCAAUUUCCAGGAGCUCCAAGCGCACACAGAGGUGCUCCAUCCUAGAGGAUGUGCCUGGAGUCUGCCCUGCUCUCCAGCACAGCACCUGCUUUGAAACAGGGCAAAACCCAGCCCAAAGGUUCAUUUCCAACUCCAGUCCUGAGGCCUCCCUGUGUGGAUGCAGCACAGAACAGAGGACAAGCCCAAUGUGCCACUGAGACCGACUCGUUUUAUUGUGCUGGAGCUGGCUUCAAAGUGCCCAGCAGAACAAAACACAAACCAGUAUAAAUAGACCCCAAAGCCCCCUGCACUGCUCCAGCCCCGAGGAGGGAAGGGGCCCCAGGAGGGAAAGGCCUGGAGGAGGGAACGCUCCUGGGGAGGGAAGGGGCCCCAGGAGGGAAGGGUCCUGAGGGAAUGCCCAGGCCAGCGAGGCAGCGCCAGGCAGGGCAGCUCCAGGGCUGUGGCUGCCAGCGCCAGGAGCUGCUCGUGACCACCAGGAGCUGCCUGUGACCACCAGAAACUGCCCGUGACCACCAGGAGCUGCUCGUGACCACCAGGAGCUGCCCGUGACCACCAGGAGCUGCCUGUGACCACCAGAAACUGCUUGUGACCACCAG